CACACUGCAACACAAGUCUGUGGGUGUGUUAGUGGACCAGCAGCGGGCCGUCAUCAGCUCCCUGCAGUACUUUAAGGCUCUGGUGGACAGACUGGGAGUCGACAAAAUGGUCCUGAACCAGUCUGUGGUGGGCGGUCUACUGGGAGGGGCGUCUGGGGGAGUCCUGGAGGCGGCCCAGACCCUGGUCCAGCUGGAACCACACCUGCACAAAAGUAAGACAGUCUCUUCCUGUCUCACUCGUCUCUACCAGUCUGUGGCUCAGCUGAUUCGCUGGGCCGAUCAGGUGAUGCUGCAAGGCGUCGCCCCCGACAACAAAGAGUCCACAGCAAGCGUUACCACGAUGAUCAGGGCUGUUCUGGACGGGGUCAAGGAACUGGUUCGAUUGGCUGCAGAGAGACAAGAUGGCCCCGCCCCUGUGUCUCCUGUCCAAUCACAGCCUGCCGUGCAAACAGCAGACAGGACGUCUGUCUGUUGGAGUCCUGGAGCUCCUGCAGAGGAGGAGGAGGAGGAGGAGGAGGUGAGGACGGAGAGGAAAGAGGAGGACCAGGGAGUUCUAGCUCCUCCUAAACCCCCGAUCCCCUUCCCAGAGCCCCACAUCCAGGUGCCCCCCCAACAGGGACUCAGCCCUCCAGCUCUGCCUCCUAAGAAACGUCAGUCUUCGUCAGGCCCCUCCCCCUGCAGGGUUGCCAUAGUAGCACCAAUGAGACGAGAGCCUGAAGUAGACACACAGGUGGAACAGGAGGAUGACUGCUUGAAACGUUGCUCUUAUUCUUCUGCAGACUCUGCUGCUGACAACACACACUGUGAGGAGGAUCCAGACUACGACUUCCUCCACACCGACCUCUCCUCCUCUGAGUCCCUCCCUCCUCUUCCUCACCCCUCAACACUGCCUCCUGCCUUGCCAGAGAAAAGACGCCGCAGUGCUGCAGGGGGAACAAACUCUGAGGCCUCCUUGUCUUUUGGAUUUGACCCCACCCCUCCAGAGGUUAGCCCCGCCCAGCACGAUGAUGUCAUUGGUCCUGAUGAGCCACUGCCCUCCCCUCUGUCCCCCAGCAAGACUCCCCCCCUCCCGGAGAAGAAAAGGCACAUCCAUCAGUACCUCCAGUACUGUUCGUCGUACAGCACUCCGUCAGCAGCCUCGUUCUACACGCGACCUUUGACCUCCAGUCAGCGGUACAGCAACAGGCAGCGAGAGGUCGAGACCACCUACCAGCUCACACACACACUCCUGGAAACACACCUGGAAUCAAACCUGGACUCACACACAUCAGACUCCGCCCCCUCACCUGAGCUGUCUCCUGUUCCACUUCUACCACCGAAGAAAAGACUACAGGAUUCAGUCGAACCCGACAGUCAGUAUGAAGAGAAGCAGACCACAGACAGUUCCAAGAAUCUCCAGGAGGAGGCAGAGCAUGUCCAGAGGAGCAGGGAGCAGCUGGAGGAGCAGGAGGAGGUGUUACUGACCAAACAGGAGGAGAUUCAUCGCAGAAUCACAAUGAAACCUGAGGAGGAGGACGGUCCGGACGUGAAAGCAGCGUCUCCUGAGAUCCUGUUGGUCUACGCAACAGAGAAUGACAGCGUAAACGAACAGGGAAUGUACCGCGAGGCCUUCCUCUCGACCUACCGGAGCUUCAUCCGCCCGAAUGAUGUCAUCACCAAACUGCAGCACAGGUACAGAAAACUGUGUGAAGGACGAGAUCCUGCAGACCUGACAGCUGCCAAGAAGACUUUCCACCUGCUGGUCAGAGUGGUCGACGAGCUAUGUGCAAUAGAGCUGGACUCUGAUUUGCUGCUGCUGCUGAUGGACCUGGUGUUUAGCCUCCUGAUUGGUGGAGAGUUGGGACCCGCCCACCAGCUGCGCUCCAACAUCCUGUCCAAGAUGGAGCAGAGGUGGCAGCUGAUUGGCUCUCCUCAGUCACUCCGCCCACUCGCAGCCAGGGGCGUUGCUGCCAGACCAGGAACUCUUCUGGACUUCAGGAGUCACGAUUUAGCUGAACAGUUGACUCUGCUGGACUCUGAGCUCUUCUACAAGAUCGAGCUUCCAGAGGUCUUGCUGUGGUCUAAAGAGCAGAAUGAGGAGAAGAGUCCUAACAUGACACAGUUCACCCAACACUUCAACAAUGUCUCCUUCUGGGUUCGUUCUGUCAUCAUUCUUCAUGACAAACCUCAGGACAGAGAGAAACUGCUGCUGAAGUUCCUGAAGGUCAUGAAGCACCUGCGCAAACUGAACAACUUUAACUCGUACCUGUCCAUCCUGUCAGCGCUGGACUCCGCCCCCCUGCGGCGUCUGGACUGGCAGAGGAGCACAGCUGAGGCUCUGGAGGAGUACAGCUCUUUGAUUGACAGCUCGUCAUCUUUCAGAGCCUACAGAGCUGCUCUGGCUGAGGUGGAACCUCCGUGUAUACCCUACCUGUGAGUUUAUACCCUAUAUAC